AAAGAUUAAAAGAAGCGACUGAGGCAACAGAGAAAGCGUUGGAAUAGACUAUCGCAUAUGACCCGUGCACGGUUUUAAGGUGCCGCUUUAAUCACAGAUCCAUGUGAAGUUCACCAGCGAUAGAGGGCUAAGGGAGGAGAGGAGACCUCAGUCUGCCUGGAUUUAAAAAAAGAAACAAAAAGUCAAUGUUGCUGUAGCGUGGCUGAUGAGAGAUGGCUUAUUCAAAUUAUAGCAACCUAAACCGGGCUCAGCUCACCUUUGAGUACCUACAUACAAAUUCGACAACACAUGAGUUUCUGUUUGGAGCAUUAGCUGAACUUGUGGACAACUCAAGGGAUGCAAAUGCCACAAGGAUAGACAUCUACACAGAGAAGAGGCCAGAUUUACGAGGGGGGUUCAUGGUUUGCUUCCUUGAUGAUGGAACAGGAAUGGACCCCAGUGAAGUGACAAACGUCAUCCAGUUUGGCAAAUCCAGCAAACGGUUUCCAGAGUCCACGCAUAUUGGCCAGUAUGGAAAUGGGCUGAAAUCUGGCUCAAUGCGCAUUGGCAAAGACUUCAUCCUCUUCACAAAGAAAGAUUCCAAGCUUUCCUGUUUGUUUUUGUCACGAACCUUUCAUGAAGAGGAGGGACUGGAUGAGGUUAUCGUUCCACUUCCCAGUUGGGAUAUGCAGACCCAGCAGCCGCUGACGCAAGACCCAGAAAAAUACGCUAUUGAAACAGAGCUAAUCUUUAAAUACUCGCCUUUUAAGAAUGAGGAGCAGCUCUUCCAGCAGUUUAAGAAAAUUGAGGGACCUAGUGGUACUCUAGUUGUUGUUUAUAAUCUUAAACUGAUGGACAACAGAGAACCAGAGCUGGACAUACAGACAGAUCAUCAGGAUAUACUCAUGGCAGGAACCCCUGUAGAAGGAGUGAAACCAGAGCGGCGGUCAUUUCGGGCGUACGCUGCUGUUCUUUACAUUGAUCCCAGAAUGAGAAUCUUCAUCCAGGGACAUAAAGUCAGGACAAAGAGGCUGUCCUGCUGUUUGUAUAACCCCAGGGUUUAUAAAUAUACAUCAACUCGGUUUAAAACGCGAGCAGAGCAGGAAGUGAAGAAAGCCGACCACCUUGCUAAAAUAGCGGAGGAAAAGGCGAGAGAGGCCGAAAGCAAAUCACGUGCUUUUGAGGCCAAACUGGGAGAUGAUUUUUCUAAAGAGGCAAGGGCAGCGUUACGGAAGGUUCAGGACUCUGCUAUUGCAUUACGUGGUGAAGCUACGAGAAAACAGAGCAUCUACCAGGCAAAGCAAAGAGCAUUGAAGGAGCCUAAAGAACUGAGUUUCAUCUUUGGUGUUAACAUAGAGAGACGAGACCAGGACGGCAUGUUCAUCUACAACUGCAGCCGUCUCAUAAAGAUGUAUGAAAAGACAGGGCCACAGCUGGAAGGAGGAAUGGCGUGUGGAGGUGUUGUGGGGGUGGUGGAUGUCCCAUAUCUGGUGUUGGAGCCGACUCACAAUAAGCAGGACUUUGCAGAUGCUAAAGAGUACAGACAUUUACUGAGGGCCAUGGGAGAUCACCUGGCCCAGUAUUGGAAGGACAUUGGCAUAGCUCAAAAAGGCAUUGUGAAAUUCUGGGAUGAGUUUGGCUACCUGUCAGCCAACUGGAAUGCUCCACCUUCAAACGACCUUCGUUACCGUCGGCGCAGAGCCAUGGAGAUACCAGUUACAAUACAGUGUGAUAAGUGUCUGAAGUGGCGAACACUGCCGUUUCAGAUGGAUGCAGUGGAUAAGCGGUACCCUGACAGCUGGGUCUGUUUAAUGAACCCUGACGGCACGCAGGACAGGUGUGAGGCUCCUGAGCAGAAACAGAAUUUGCCUGUCGGGGUUUUGAGGAAGGACACGAAAACAGCCGAGGACAAACAGAAAGAGCUUUCAGAGAAAAUCCGCCAACAACAGGAGAAACUAGAGGCUUUACAAAAAACAUCAACGGUGAGAUCGGCAUCUGAUGUGCGACAGCUUCCUCUAGAAGUCAGCCUGAAACCUGAGGAGGGGCGGUCUGCUCAGGUAACCCGUUCAUCACAGCGCACGGCAGUCCGUCCCCGCUCCCCGCCUCUCCCUGCAGUGGUCAAAAAUGCCACCAGUCAACUACAGAAAACAGCACCCCCUAAACCAAUAGCGUCCCUAAAGUCAGCACCGAGCCUGAAGUCUACCCCACCGCCGCGCCCCACCCGGACCCCCGCGGCACCACAGAUGCCCGUCAAAGCCAAGGUCACACCCACCCAAACAACAAAAUCCGUGAAACCGACGCCAAAAGCUUCGAGCACACCCUCCACCCCUUCCUCCAGAGCACCGUUACGAAGAAGCACCCCCCGCAUCGCCACACCAUCAUCCACCAGAACAUCUGCCAGACAGACCACAGCCAAAAAGAGAUCAGCUUCACAUGGAGCUAAAGCACAGGAGGAGGACGAGGAGGAUGAAGAGGAAGAAGAAGAAGAGGAGGAGGAGGAGGAAGAAGAGGAGGAGGAGGAGAGUGAAGAAGAAGAGCCGCAGCCCAAAAAAACCAAAGUUACAUUAUCAACUGACAAAAGUAGGAAAGGAACCACAGAGAAGAUCCAGUCAAGCAACGGUGCUAGGGAUACAACUGAGCAAAUCAAAAAAAGCACUGAGGAGGAUCUGAAAAAAGACAUGAAAAAUGCCCAUAAAGAUAAAGGUGUUUUGGUGGAGGCAAAGGUGAACGGUGAAUGGUUUACUGGUCGUGUGACGGCUGUGGAAGCCACUAAGGAAAGGGUGCGGUGGAAGGUGAAGUUUGAUUACGUCCCGAUGAACACCCCACGAGAUCGAUGGGUGUUUAAGGGUAGUGAUGAGGUUCGUCUCAUGCGUCCCGCCUCCCCAGAGUCUCACAGUCCAGACACCAAUCAGGGCCCAGCAGGGCCCGUAACUCCGCCCACUGCAGCAGAGCCCGACACAACUCAGAGUGGGCCUAGCCGAGAGACAGUGGAUGGUCUGGUCUCGGUGAUGAGGACGCUACUACGGUAUUUUUUCCCACCAGAUUUCCGAAUCCCAAAGGAGUCAGUAAACACCAUGACGGCCGAAGACCUGGUGGCUUUCCCCAUUAAAGAGUAUUUUCAGCAGUAUGAAGCAGGACUCCAGAGUCUGUGUAACUCGUAUCAGAAUCGGGCGGAGUCUCGUGCGCGGGCCGUGGAGGAGAAGAGCAGCGGAGCAGAAGCCCGACUCAGAGAGUCCGAAGAGAAACUACGCAAACUGAGAACUAACAUUGUCGCCCUGCUCCAGAAAGUCCAAGAGGACAUUGAGAUCAGCAGUGAUGAUGAACUGGACGCUUACAUUGAGGACUUGGUCACAAAAGGAGAGUGACACUGUGUUGCUGAUCAGUUUAAUUUGAUCUCUUCCUCUAUUUUCGGUUUCUCCUGUUGUAAACUACAUUUUUUCUUUGUUCAGUCAGUCAUGGGAUAAAAUGGCUGAAGUAUACACUAGUCUCUCCUUUUUUGUCACUUUUUUGAAACAACAGAACAGUGUUUUUGUUUUGUCUGGGUUUUUUUCCCCCCCACAUGCUGUUAUAAACACAAAUCCACGGCUGUUAUACAAGACUCGGAUUCAAAGCUUGUGGACCAAAAGAAUUGCAAAG